GAAAGAAAAAGUAUAGUACUGUGAACCACGACAGUGUUCUUAAUUUUACCAUGCCCAAAUUUCGUAAACAUAACCAAAUAUUUAUUUAUGUCUACCAUGAAUCAGUGAAAAUUACCAUGUGUCAAACAUUUUGUGACAUGGUGAGAAUCAUAAUCAACAUAUUCAUCACAACUAUUCAGUUUUUACUAUUCGUCGAGCAAACAUGGUAACGCUAACUCUAAAAAUGUUUGCCUCAAAUCCAUACAGUUUCAAGUUCACAACACAUCAUAGUUAUGGUAAAUAUUGAGAUGUUAUUCAGUUUUCCAGAUCUCCGUGUAUCCUCUGCGCGACCGCUCGCCAUUUUUACGUAUUUCCUCUCGAAUGGAAUACUUGUCGUAAUAAUGGCAGAUUCAAGUAUGGAAGUAAUUGUAGCAGAAGAACUUAUCGCCGAUUCCGACCUUAUUAAUGGUAAGUAAGAUAAAUCAUGUGAAUGAUUGUUGAUAAUCCGAAAACAAUGUUUUUUUUUUCAGACGCCGACGAGCAGCCGGAUCUAAGAAACAUCAUUUUGGAGGAGUGGGAACUUAAAUCCACGGUGUAUGCCAUCUUGAUUAGUCACGGUGUCACACUGGAGUAUUUAAAAGUCCUGGACGAAAAAGCACUGAGCGACAUAUUUUCUGUUGUCAAAUGGACCGGACAUAAACAUGCCUUGCGCUCCAAGUUGGAACAGUGGAAAGAGAGUGUAUUGUACCGCCCGUUGCCCUCCACCACCAGCAAUCCGGCAAGCGAAACGUCCCCAGCCCACAAUGCAGUUCCGGGACCAUCCCAUAUGAACAAAUUACUCCAAACAACCGUCACAAACAAUGUACUGCUUGGCAUACUCGAGAGAAACGAAAAAGGCAAAAUUGUUUGUCAGUAUUACCAAGCACACCAACGGCUGGAUGUGGAGCAAAGACGAUCGUUGGCACACACCAUAGUCGACUACUACAUUGCCAACAACACAUAUUUUACACUGGCAGAUAUGGAACGUUUUGCCGACCUGAUUGCAGCUCGAUUUCCUCCGGAAAUAUCUGAGACCUACUACAAUCCCCGUGAUUCAGCCGCUGGCAAGAAGUACCCCUCUGGUCUAUUGUAUGAUCGAUUUCAUAACCGAAAGAAAACCGGUUCAAGGCGCCAGGUAGGCGAGAUCGACCCGUGGACACGUUACAAGGUGGAAGCAGUCAAGCUCACUGCUGAUGGUAAGAUUGGGGCCGGGUGGGUGUUCAUUUGCGUGGGUGGGUCGUGGUGGACCUCUUGGGCCCUUUUCAAAUGUUGCUCCAGAAUUAAAUACCGUUAAUUGCACAAUGGUUAAUGAGGCAAGGGGGUCUGAGAAAUCGUACGCGCCAUACAAAACUAGUCUAGUUUUCAUACAAAAAAUCUUACCCUUAGAAAUUUCAACUAUUGGAACGUAGACUAUUAACGUUACCCAAAAAUGAUCAAUCACAUUCUUUACUUUAUAAGAAACUCCAGAAUAUACACAAAGAAAUUAUGAAGAACUCCAGAAUCUACCCAAAGAAAUUGAUCUAAUGAUCAUUUGAAGCUUGACGGAUUGUUACAAAAAUAAACUAUACAAAACAGUAUGCCCAACAGGGUAUUAUUUCAAACAAAAAAUUAAAUAACAGAAAAAUCAAUAAUUAUAUUUAGUUCUUCCCAAUUUGAAUGCUGAUACAUACGACCCAUUCAAAACUUUUUCUAGAAAAUAAACAUAAACAACUUCCACCCAUCCACCAGAAAUAAACCGCUUGACAUCGAUUAAAAACUGGCUACGAAACAACCUGGAACCAUUUGAUGAAAUUUUGCAGCGUUGGAACGACUCUCGGCUGCUGCGUGUAACAAGCAUCAUCAAAGAAGCUGAGAUCAACAAAUCAAACAUCCUUCAGGAGUGGCGACGUCUUGCAGAUCCG